AAACUUAAAUUGUAUCAAAUUUUAACAGUAACAAAAAUUCUACCUCCAUUUACCAGUUUCAUUUUCGCAAAUUCACCAUAUUCAUCAAAUCCCCGUUUCUUCUCUCAACGUCCAUCCAUAUCUAUUGGAUUUCCAAUCAAAUCCCAAUCCAAAAAUUCCCACAGAAAUGUUCCCUUGGACUGGUUUUAUGGCGUCUUGGCCUCACUCGGAUUGUGGCAGAAAGAGGCCAUGAUCUUGUUUCUUGGCCUCGAUAAUGCUGGCAAAGCCACCCUUCUUCACGUGCUCAAGGAUAAGGAGAAUUUUCUAUUAGUGCAGCAUCAUCCGACGCAAUAUCCCACCUCGGAAGAGCUGAGCAUUGGGAAAAUUAAGUUCAAGGCGUUUGAUUUGGGCGGUCAUCAGAUCGCCCGUCGAGUCUGGAAGGAUUACUAUGCCAAGGUUGAUGCUGUAGUGUACCUGGUUGACGCGUAUGACAAGGAGCGUUUUGCAGAAUCAAAGAAGGAAUUAGAUGCACUCCUUUCUGAUGAGGCCCUUGCCGAUGUUCCAUUUCUGAUUUUGGGAAACAAGAUUGACAUACCAUACGGUGCCUCUGAAGACGAGUUGCGUUACCACUUCUGCCUGACUGGUAUACCCGCUGGCAAAGGAAAGGUCAAUCUGGUGGACUCUAAUGUGCGCCCUUUCGAGGUAUUCAUGUGCAGCAUUGUACGCAAAAUGGGCUACGGUGACGGCUUCGAAUGGGUUUCACAAUAUAUCAAGUAGGGCGAGUGUUGGGAAAAUUUUCUUUCAGUUGAAAGAGAGGGGAAGGAAAAUUAAAGGGCAAAAAACAGAGAUUCAUUUUUUUCACCCUGUCUUUGUCUGUUAGCGGCUAAAAAUAUGCCUGCUUUGUGCUUUCGAAUUUGUAUGGUAAAGAUUACAUAUGAUGACUAUCCUGUCAUAGCAUGGAUAGGAUAUUAUUAUAGAACCAAAAAAGUUUAAAAAAUUUCUAUUGCACUAUGUAACAAACAUUCACUUA